AUGGCUGACACGGCGGCACGGCUUGAAGCCUGCAAAGCGGCAGCGAGCAACUACCGCGCACAGUUGCAAAUCGCUGCCACCAAGGAUGAAGCUCUCACACUUGCUAUUGGCGCAGCCGAGAACCUUAUGAAAGCACUCAAACUGUCAUCAAAUGCAGACGAGAAGAAGCAACUGAAGGCACAAUGCGGUGUACUGAUGGAUGUUGCUGAUCGAAUCAAGAAGUCGAAAGACUGGACACCGUUGUCCAAGCAGCAGUCCAACAAUACCAAAGACGCUCAAAUCGGUCAAUGGGCGGCCAAUGUAGACGUUUCUGCAAGUCGUGGUCCUGCAUACGAAACCACAUCCCCACAAAGCUCCACUUUGUACAGUACCUCCCCGACUGCAGCCCCAGCGAAUACCCGGUCAGCAUCAGGUAACUCGUCACUUUCUUCCGUCUCGUUUCCUUCGCAGAAUAUUCUCGAUGCAAGUUCAUACAGAGACGACUCUCGACAAGCUUUCACACCACUCGUCAGUCUCAAUCUUUCAGAUGGCCACUCUCCUUCGCUAUGCUACCACAGCUGGAGUACACCUGCUGAUAUGAAAUGCAAAGAUCACACCCAGCAUCAUGGCGGAGAAGGAUUGAAUGACAGCAUCCCCGAAGCAACUCGACGAGCAGCUUCCACACUGACACUGUCUGGUCUCCAGACCCGAGACCAUACGUCAGGCCCAACAGCGGGAGCAGGAUCAGCAUCAGCAACGCCCAUCGCACCAAAGCUUUCCCCAUCUUCACACAUUCACAGACUGACUGAGCCUAUUUCUACCAGAAAACGAUCAAGGAAAGAAGACAUCAUCUUGCUCAAAGCCUCCGUAGUGAAUGGCUUCAAGUGCCCGCCCUGGGACAAGUACCCAGCGCCAGCUGACUUUGCUCCGCAGAACGGCCAAGAGCUGUUUACAGAUACCCACGAUCUGAGUCUAUCACCCUACCAGCAGCAAUUCUUCCAAGGCUGGGUCCGCGCUCCCAAAGCGGUUCCACCCCCCUCAUUGUACCCAAACGGUAGAGAUGGCAUUGGCCCCCUGAUGUCCAGCUCGCGCUCGAUUGAUCUUGUGCAGGACGCAGCAUCCGAUUGCUCAGUAGUGGCCAGCCUUUGUGCUGGGGUUGCUCGAGCCGAGCGUGGUCAUGAUCAGAUGCUCCAGGAUAAACUAUAUCCCUUCGACAAGCAUCUGGGCAAGCCCAUUCCAUCGACGAAUGGGAAGUAUAUUGUUCGUCUAAACUUCAACGGUUGCUGGCGUAAGGUCGUGAUCGACGACCGAUUGCCCGUUUCCAACACCCACCGAUUGCUUCAUGUAACCGAUCGACGCAAUCCGGCGUUGCUGUGGCCAGCAUUACUCGAGAAAGCAUACCUCAAGGUUCGUGGUGGCUACGACUUCCCUGGUAGCAACUCGUGCAGUGAUUUAUGGACCUUGACUGGUUGGGUACCAGAACAGGUAUUUUUACAAGAGACCGACACAAUCCCUGAUCAGCUCUGGAAGCGAAUCUAUAAUGCUUUUCUCUACGGCGACGUCCUCGUGACUGCCGGUACUGGCAAGAUGUCUACACGACAGGAGCGCGAACUAGGGCUGCAAGGACAGCAUAGCUAUGUGGUGUUGGACAUGAAGGAGACAGAUCACGACCGACUUCUACUCAUCAAGAACCCAUGGGUAGAAGGCAAAGGAUGGCGAGGUCCUCGCCCCGCGGCAGCACCGAUCCUUGACUCUUCAACCUCUAGUGGAGGAUCCAGAAAUAGCCUGGAGGCUUACCAUCGAGACAGCAUCCCGACGCUCGAGCGACCGCAUCCCACCACGUUCUGGAUCGGACUCGAGCAAGUCGUACAGCACUUUGAGAGUUUGUAUCUCAACUGGAACCCUGGUUUGUUCCGGCACCGCCAGGACAUUCACUUCGAUUGGUCGAUCGAGUCUCAGAAGAUGCCCGGGAACUGCAUCGUACAUCAUCCACAAUUUACGUUCUUGUCGAAAAAGAAAGAGCCUGUGUGGCUCCUUCUUAGCCGCCACUUUCGAGAUGCACCGGCAGACAUCAAGGAAGAGUCCGAUGCAUUCAACGAUGGGAGCAUUCGCUCUGACUCCCAGGUGAAUACAGCAGGAGAUCCUCCAAAGGGUUACAUGAGCAUAUACGUUUGCAACGGACAUGGCGAGCGUUUGUAUAUCAAGGAUACGUAUCUGGAGUCCAGCGAUUACGUGACAACACCCCAGUGUCUUCUGCGAUGGGAUGCCGAUGCGAACUCGAACUACACAGUCGUUAUCGAUCAAGACGAUCUUCCGCCAUCGCUGUACACCUUCUCACUCUUAGCCUUCUCCAACUCGCCGAUGGUCCUGGAGCCUGCGGUUCUCAGAUAUGCCGUUCAGAAGAUUGAGCAAGGAGCCUGGACACGACACAGCGCGGGCGGUAACACCAGCUCUCCCAGAUACUUUGAGAACCCGCAGUACAGUCUCGAGAUACGCGAACGCAGCUCACUUUCAAUCCUCCUAACAAGCUCGAACCAUGAACACCCACUCCACAUCAAGCUUGCACUUGGACAUGGCAAGAGAAUUCAUCGACUACAGAGCCGAGAUGUGCUUGUUGACUCGGGCAAUCAUCGCGUUGGAGCGGCUACUGCGCAGGUGAAAGAUCUUCAGCCAGGUCUAUACACAAUCAUUUGCUCUCUGUUUGAGGCAGGCCAAACUGGUGGCUAUACCCUUCGCAUCGAUAGUAGCAACGAUCUCGGGUUGAAGCAGAUCCCUCGAGAUGGUGCCGGCCUGAAGUCGAUGAAGUUGACGCCGGCUUGCUUUGGAGCCAACAUGCACAAGAUUGCUGCACCACUCUUACCGCAGCGUCUCGCUUCCUACACCAUUGUUGCUCGCUUCCUAAAGGCAACCAGCCCGCGGUCGGUUGAGCAUGGAACAUUAGCUCGCAGUCCUCUGCGUUUUAGCGUUGAACUGGGCCGGGGUCCAGAGCGAAAAUUCCUGAUCGCUAGCGAACGUGGAGAAUAUGCUGACUCGGCGACGGUUCGGUCCGAGAGCGUCCACAUCGAUCCUACCAUUGUGAGCCGUGGUGAUUUGUGGCUGGUUCUUGACAGACUGUCAGGGCCUGGUGGGCCAGUGGAAGAGUGGUACGAUAUCGAGAUAUUUACAGACAUGCCAGACGCAUGUUCGAUUGGCGUUUGGCGGGACUGGAGUGACUAG